AGAGGUUUUCACGUAACCACCGAUGACUUAGAAACGGACUGGACCGCGCACCGUCCAGCUCCAUUCGGCCCCAGCCUCAGCCCUAACCCCAGCCUUGACCUAGGCCCAGGUCCAGCCAGCCCUAUCAUGACAAAUGACUAUCAAGACCUUCAGCAUCUGGACAACGAGGACAAUGGCCAUCAGCUUAGACAAGCGCCACCUCCGCCCCAGCGGCUCUUCCGGAGACUCUGCUCCGGACCCUGCUUCCUCCUGCUCUCCCUGGGCCUCGGCCUCCUGCUGCUGGUGGUUGUCUGUGUGAUCGGAUCCCAGAACUCCAAGCUGCGGGACGAGCUGCAGGCCCUGAGGGUCACGUUCAGCAACUUCACGGCGAGCACGGAGGUCGAGGUCAAGGCCCUGAGCAGCCAGGGGGGAAGCGUGGGCAGGAAGGUGAAGUCGCUGGAGUCCCAGCUGCAGAAACAGCAGCAGCAGCUCAGCGAAGAUCACUCCAGCUUGCUGCUGCAUGUGAAGCAGUUCGUGUCGGACCUGCGGAGCCUGAGCUGUCAGAUCGCCGUCCUGCACGGCAACGGCUCGGCGGCCUCCUGCUGCCCGGUCAACUGGCUGGAGUUCGAGGGCAGCUGCUACUGGUUCUCCCGCUCCGGGAAGUCCUGGCCGGAGGCGGACAAGUACUGCCGGCUGGAGAACGCGCACCUGGUGGUGGUGGGCUCCUGGGAGGAGCAGAAGUUCAUCCAGCACCACAUGGGGCCUGUGAACACCUGGAUGGGCCUCACCGACCAGAGUGGGCCCUGGAAGUGGGUGGACGGGACGGACUACGAGAAGGGCUUCAAGAACUGGAGGCCGGAGCAGCCGGACGACUGGUACGGGCACGGGCUGGGCGGGGGCGAGGACUGCGCCCACUUCACGGACGACGGCCGCUGGAACGACGACGUGUGUCAGAGGCCCUACCGCUGGGUGUGCGAGACAGAGCGGGACGCGGCCGGCUAGGAGCACCCCCGCCCCCUAAUUUAUUUCCUUGGCGCCCCCACCUGCCGGACGAUGCUGCUGUCCCGGGUGGGGGGCGGGGAUGGGGGCUCCUCCACCUUCUCGGGGAUGUUUGAUCUGGGAUUUCAAGGGAAGUUUCGGGGACGGUGUCUGAGGAAUGCAGGAAUCACGUUUGGAGGGGCGGGGAGACGGCAACCCGCUUUCCGCGCUUUACAGGUGGUUGUCCACGUGUUUCGGAGGAAACAAUGAACGGAAUAUUCUAAA